AGAAAAAUUAGAAUUUUUAAAAAAAUUUAGGGAACACUACUCCCAAAUAUUCCCAAUGCAUCAGCAGCAGGCCCGACUCAGAUCCAAAAACUCGUCUAUGUUUCACAUUCGUGUUCACUCUCCCUUCUACUAUUACCCUUGCUAAGCGAAAAGAUUCCGACUUUCGAUCACUUUGGCCGGAAAAUCAACAAUCCUUUACUCGAAUCCACAGCAUUUGAGUUGGGGUUGUAAGAGGCUGAGCUUUUGGGUAUACGAUGAUAGCUAUAGUAGUAGCUGUGGUUCUGGCUCUACUUUUGGGAGCUUUUGUUUUGAUUCCCCGGGUUUCAAAAUCUGAUAGUACAAAGAAUAAUCAGUCAAAUGUUAAACACAAUAAGAGGGCCAAACUAUACACCAAAUCACAAGUCUCUUUGCACAACAAGAGAACCGAUUGUUGGAUCAUCAUUAAAGACAAGGUAUAUGAUGUUACCUCAUAUGUAGAAGAGCACCCUGGUGGUGAUGCCAUUCUUGCACAUGCUGGGGAUGAUUCAACUGAAGGCUUUUAUGGGCCACAACACGCAACUCGAGUUUUUGACAUGAUUGAAGACUUUUACAUAGGAGAUUUGGAGAAGUCAUAACAAUGAUAGCUAGAAAUUGGUGCAUUUGAACAUCACAAUUUCAGCAUAUCGACCACGAAUACAAGACUUCCAUAAUAGCAUGAAGUCAUCAAGAUUAGCAUAAGAGUAAUAAAUGAGGCACACAAUAUGAAGAUGACAUAUGGUGAGUGAGUUUUGGGUGUACAAUUUUGUCGCUUUAGUAUCAUUCUCUAAACAUAAAAUGUGGUUGGCUUGGGGUAUUGUGUUUAUGAUGAGUAAAUGGUAUCACACAUGCAAGUGAGCUUGGCUUGGUGUCAUAACUAUUUGAGUUGUCACAACAUGCAAGGCAUGUUAAUGUUAGUUUAAAGAGAUGGGUGAAUCACAUACUAUUUGGAAGUAAAGCACAAGUGGCAUAUGGGGAACAUAUGAAAGAGCUACAUGAGGCAAUGAAAGGGAUGAUGAGGAUAAAGAAUUGGCCUAUCACUCUUAUUGGUUCUCUUUAAAAAAAAAGUAGAAUUUGACUCGCUUUGUGAACAUUAUCAUACCAUCUAUAACACCUCAUUUGUCUUAAUUAUCA